GAACUCAGAGAAGGCACCGCCUCGGCCUUUUUCCGCCUCGCUCCUUGUUCGCGCCGGGGGCUGCUCGUGAGCCGCUCCGCUUCCUGAGACCGCGCACCAGCUUGGCCCGCUCUUGCCCACCGCCUCAGCCAUGAUCAUUUACCGCGACUGCAUCAGCCAAGAUGAGAUGUUCUCAGACAUCUACAAGAUCAAAGAAGUGGCCAAUGGGCUGUGCCUGGAAGUGGAGGGGAAGAUGGUGAGCAGGAAGGAAGGUGAAAUAGAUGAUGCUUUGAUUGGUGGAAAUGCAUCUGCUGAAGGUCCUGAAGGAGACGGGGCAGAGGCCACAGUGGUCACUGGUGUGGACAUUGUAAUGAACCACCACCUUCAGGAAACAAGUUUCACUAAAGAGUCUUACAAGAAGUACAUCAAGGACUACAUGAAAGCAAUCAAAGCCAGACUUGAGGAGACAAAGCCAGAGAGAGUAAAGCCGUUCAUGACAGGAGCUGCUGAACAAGUCAAACAUAUUCUUGCAAGCUUCAAAAAUUACCAGUUUUUUGUAGGUGAAAAUAUGAAUCCAGAUGGCAUGGUGGGGCUGCUGGACUUCCGUGAGGAUGGUGUGACCCCUUAUAUGAUUUUCUUUAAGGACGGAUUAGAAAUGGAAAAAUGUUAACAAGAGAUCAACCCUACUGGAUCAUCUGUCGUCAUCAUAAUUGGCUGCUGCUCUUUAUUCAUCAACAAAACAUCAUGACUCAGCAAUGUCUGAAAACUGGACUGAUGCCAUCUUGAGCUUAAUUUGGUUUAUUUUGACCCUGAAUUGAUUGGAGUGGAGGCAUUGUUUUUAAAAACUUGUCAUGUAGGCUGUCUAAAAUAAAAACUCAUUUAAACCCA